GGGCAACUUAACACCGAGACGUAGCCUAGGCUAUUUUUUUUUUCAGUCAGGCAAAAUGCUAAGGCUCUCAAGUCCUGCUACCGGACACGUGGUCACGCUCCUUUGGUAGAAUGCAGAAUGGUUGUUGUCAAUUUGGCUGUUGGGCUAUUAAACUCCGUCAUUCGCACGGAUCUCAGGUUUCCGAUCAUUAGGUGUGCGUUAACACUUGCAAAUGUUGGAGGCUGUUGGAUGAAUGAAAAACUGCAUGACAUUGGCUGUCUGUGCGUCUGUGCAGUGUUCUAUUGGCUCUCCUCCUCCACUGCCCUGUCUACGACUCUUGUCAGCGCACGGUAACGGCGCAUGCGUCUUACUUUACUCCUCAGCCUUUGAAACUCGGGUUGAGUUCAAUUAAGAGACCAUGUCCGCCAUCAGCCGUCUGCAGUCCUCUGUCUUCUCAUUUAAACCAAAUUCUCCAUGAAAUAGUAUUAUCGCGUGGCCUAGAGAAUGGCCGGCUUGGGUGCUGUCCAGGUGAAAUUGGAACUCGGCCACCGUGCCCAGGUCCGGAAGAAACCCACUGCGGAGGGCUUCACGCACGAUUGGAUGGUUUUUGUCCGAGGACCAGAGCAAAGUAACAUUCAGCACUUUGUGGAAAAAGUAGUUUUUCACCUGCACGAAAGCUUUCCCAGACCAAAAAGAGUGUGCAAGGAACCUCCCUAUAAAUUGGAGGAGUCGGGAUACGCCGGCUUUAUCCUGCCCAUUGAGGUUUACUUCAGAAAUAAGGAGGAACCUAAGAAAGUGCGCUUUGACUACGACCUGUUCCUGCACUUGGAGGGCCACCCGCCUGUCAAUCACCUGCGCUGUGAGAAGCUGACCUUUAAUAACCCCACGGAGGAGUUCAGGAAGAAGCUGCUCAAGGCCGGAGGGCAACGUGAUCCUCACAAAAGGGGCUCAGAAGAUUCAAAAGUGAUGGUCAUGCAGGAGGGCUCGACGUCUCUGUUCGGUCAGCACCUGAAGCUGCCCACGCUGCCCAGCAGCUCCCUCACCUUCACCUUCCCCGACCUCAAGAAGAGCAAGCCCUUUCCGGGGUCAAAGGACGGUUCUCGGAGCAGCGGCACGCUCACCCUCUCCUCUUCCUCCUCUUCCACCUCCUCCACCAAGCUGGCCAAGCCGGUGAAGGAGCACCGCGACAAACCUCCCCGCGCCUCUAAGGAGCCCAAAAGUGCCUUCAGGGAGCUGAGCAGGGACACGGGCAAGCCCUCCAAAGACUCCACCACCACCACCACCUCCUCCUCCUCCUCCUCCAAGAAACCCAAAGACAACCAGAACCAGAGCCAGCCCCUCCGGGACGAACAGCACCCCCCCAAGAUGGGCUUCAAGGAGCCCAAGGGGCUUGUCAAGGAGCCGCGGCCCGAGGGGGGGUUUGGGGGGGUCGUCAAGCGGCCCCCGGGGGAGACGGUGGUCGGGGAGGAUCACGUGACCAAAAAGCGGAAGAAGGGCUUCCCGUCGGAGGGCCAGGGGAAGCCGGUGCUUGGCUCGCCGCAGAUGCUCCAGCAUUCCCACACGGAUAAGAAAGUGCCCAGGGACAAAUCCCAGAUCCGGCCCGGGAAGCUGACCCGGGGGGAGGGGGAGGCGGAGAGGAGGAAGGCCCCCAUGCUCCCACCCUUCCAGGAGCUGGUGGACCCAAACGACUCGGACAUGGACGACAACGCGUCCACCAAAUCAGAGUCGGAGCAGCCCAGUCCUGCCAGCUCAAGCACCAGCUCCUGCUCAAGCUUCGGACCCACCCACAAACGGCAAGUGCUGGGCCCGCUGCGGUCCAUCAUCCAGGACCUGCCUUCAGAUGACAACGAUGAGGAGUCUGAAGACGAGGAUGACAACGACAUGGACUCCGAUCUGGAGAGACCAAUGCACACACACCUAACACACCGCCACCGCAGGGUGAGCUUGAGUGACGGGAGUGACAGUGAUAACAGCUCCGCCUCCUCGCCUCUCCUCCGAAACGAGGGCCCUCCUCUUCUGAAGACGAGCAAUAACCAGAUUCUGGAGAUGAAGGGCCCAAUAAAGCAGGCGAAGCAGGAGAAGAACAAGACCAUUGAUUGUGAUAAGGCCUAUCUGGAUGAACUAGUCGAGCUGCACAAAAGACUAAUGGCACUAAGAGAGAGGCACAUACUGCAGCAGAUUGUGAACCUCAUUGAGGAGACUGGACAUUUCCACAUCACAAACACGACCUUUGACUUUGACCUCUGCUCCCUGGACAAGCCUACCGUGCGCAAACUGCAGAGCUAUCUGGAAACGUCCGGAACGUCGUGAGGAUUGUCUGCAGGCCUCUCGUUCUCAGGUUCCUCCACUUUGAACCUGUAACAUGGGAGGAGAACCCAUCCGUCGGGUUCUACAGUAGAUCACUCCAGAUACGGACUGACAAAAAAAAAAACACAGAAUGUUGCAAAAAAGAAAAAAGAAAAGGAAAAUACCAACAAGAAAAAAACAAACUUGGAGCUUAGUCCUGUCGAGCAGGAGUCACCCUGAGGCCUUGCAGUCUUAGACGCUGGCAGUGAGAAGAGAAGAGAGGAGAAGAGGACAGAAGUGCUGAAGAUGGAUUGUGGGCUCUUAAUACGAAUGUGCAUAUUGUUACCGUCUGUGUGUGUGUGUGCUUCUCUGGUUCUGUUCCGUGUGUGUGUGUGUGUGUGUUUCUCUGGUUCUGUUCCUUGUGUGUGUGUGUGUGUGUGUGUGUGUGUGUGUGUGUGUGUGUGUCUGUCUGUGUGUCUCUCUGGUUCUGUUCCUUGUGACGAAUGCAUGUUUCAACACUGCCUUACCACCUCGUCCAUCUAUUUAUUGACUUUUAAGUUUUCAGGUGUGUGUGUGUGCGUGUGUGUGUGUGUGUGUGUGUGUUUCUCUGGUUCUGUUCCUUGUGUGUGUGCGUGUGU